AUGAUAUUAUAUCUUAUCAUUUUAAAUAUCUUCUUUUGGAAUGCUGUUUUUUGUGGAAAUAAUGAGUCUAGAACAUUAACCGACUACUGUAAUCAUCCCGAUUGCUCUUUAAAAAAUCAGCAUACAAUGUGUGUAGCAAAAGGUAAACAGAGUUCCAGAUUGUUCGCUUCGGGAAUGACCAGAUGGAUGAGAUAUCAAUUGCUUGUAUUACAUAAUAGACAACGGGAUAACAUUGCCAUGGGACUAGAGCCGGGCCAACCAUCCGCGGCAAAUAUGCGGAAGAUGUACUGGGAUUAUGAGCUCGAAGAAAUGGCGGAGUUAUGGGCACGCCAAUGUCAGAAGCGCCAUGACGAAUGUAGAAACACGAUACGAUUUAAUGUCUUACAGAAUAUAGACGUAAGGCCAGUAGUCCCGCGAGUGACUGAAGCUCAGGUACUGGCUGAUGCUGUAGGCGGAUGGUUUUCAGGCUCAAGACCGCUACACCCUGACUACGUUUGGUCUUUUAAACUUAGCAAUUGCAGCGCUCCAGGAGGUUGCAAUGCGCAUUGGUACUCCACAGCGGCCUGGGCCUCUACUUGGCGGUUAGGAUGUUCACAAGCGCUUUGUACAGCCAAAAAGAGAUCCUGUGUUCAUUUCAGAAAAAGACGCACACCUCCCACCCCUACCAAUAAAAUACUUGCUACACGUACAUCUGUUGUAACCGAAAACUUACUUCGACGGACCAAAUUUACUACAUCAAAGUCUACAAAGUUGGAAGAUUUCAAUGUCACAAGGAAUAUUGGUUUAAAGGAAUCACCCUUACACCGUGGUGUAUUUGACUUGGGCGAACAGGAAGAGAAACGUAAGCAGACACAGAUUUUGGCAUUCACGAUUUGCAAUUAUGGACCGGCUGGUAAUAUAGAGGGAUUUCCCAUUUACGAGGCUGGACCGAGUUGCAGCAAUUGCCCCCAGGGAACCCAAUGUGGAGAUCGAACUCAUAGAGCAUUAUGCUCAGUCUUAGGUGACCCGGAUGCUGUAAAACAGACUUAG